AUGAUAUCCUCUAGCUUCUCAAGAGACCGCACGUUUCAUGGUACGGUCAUUGACUCUGUCCUCAAGCGGCGAACUUCCGCCAUACGAUUCGGGAUCCGAGCCACAUCUUCUGCGGAAUCCUCUUCGGGUAGCGAGUCAUCCCAAUGGAUCAUACCUGCGCCCAAGAGCCCCGUUGUGCCAUCCGCUCCGGAAUGCGAACCUGCCGACAAGGAAUCUGGUGUCUACACGAUACAAGCUUUGCGAGAGAUUGGGACAUCCAUAAUCGGAGAAGGGGCUGAUUUCUACCCUGUGGGCUUUGACCUUGCUGCGACCAUGACGUCUCCGGCAGGAUUGCUUCGCGUCAUACACACCGAUUAUAUAGCAUAUCAUCUUUGGAAUGCUGUUAGAUUGUCCACCGAACAUUUGAAUGAGAGAUCGCUUCACUGGAACGUCCGAGCGAUCACUAAGGACGCGAUGGAAAUGUUUUUCAUUGAGACCGGCGCUUUAUUCUUGGACCAGGUCCCGGGUCCUCACUACAUUCUGGUCGACCCGCGUGUUCACGGAAACUCCGACGAAAUGGUCACGCAGGCUCAGAAUUUCUUGUGUGCAUACGAGAAGAAGGGCGUUCCAAAGGAACGCAUUGUGAUAAACAUCCCAGCGACGCUCAGGGGUAUAAUAGCCUGUCGCAGGUUAACGAGCCGCGAAUCCGGUGUUCAGGUAAACCUCUCGUUGGUGAGCAGCUUAUCCCAUGCUUUAUUAUGCGUGGACGCCGGAGCCACGUCCAUUUCGAUUCCCGUCGACAAAGUGUUGUCGUUUUUUGAGAUGGAGGGCUCCUGUGUGUGGCGGGAGACCAGACCACACCCAGGCAUAAUGGCAAUCCAGCUAAUUCAGACCUACUUCAAACUACGCGAGAUCCCAGUGAAGAUCAUAUGCAACGAUUUCGGACGAAUAAUAGAAAUCCAAGACUUGGCUCAUUCCGACGCUAUUGCAUUAUCUGAGGACCAGAUCCAUCGACUCCGGAGUCAACGCUUUCCUCUGUCCGAACCGCUGACGGAAUCGUCGCCGGUCUAUGGUCACGCCACGCAAGUUCAGUGGUCUCACCAACGCCUUACGGAUACGACAAAGUUCAGGAAACGCAUGUCCAGCGUAGACUAUGCUGCUUAUCUCUUCGUGCUCAAAGAGAUACUCCAUGCCAUGGCAACUGACAUGGACUCCAUCGAGUCAGUCGUAGAGGAGGAGAUCCACCGGCGAAUGUUCUACAGUACUGUUCCCCCUCAGGUUUUGGACGUGAUCGGCCAAGAGACUAUUGAAGACUUAGCUGCGGCACCUGAAACGCACAGACCUCGCACGCAAAGCACUUCAAGGCCUGUUAUCUCCCUCAGGACGAACAGAGGGCAUCCGGACGCAGUGCAAACGCCAGGUACUUCCAGGGAAUCAGUUACAGGGAGCCGAGCCAAGGCACGGGUAUGGUUCCAGAGCCGAAGAGAAUCGCAACCAACGGACGAGGAUAUGGAGAAUGCGCACCAGGCUACUGGCGACAUAAACGUUGAUCCUAGGCAUCUUCAGUCACUUUUCGACGAAGACACCGAAUGUUUCUGA